GGAGAUUCUCCCGCCACUUGGCCAUUAGGGUUAGGGCUGGCAGGCAACAAAGCAAAAGAGAAUGAGCGACGCGGGCGAUGGCGAACAAGCAGCACGUGUCCCGGAGGCCUUGCAGUGUUGAUUGGCGCAAGGCGCUCCAGGUGCCCCAGGAGAUCAGUGCCAUUCUCGACAAGUUCCGGGAGCGUGAGCUGCUGCUGGCCAAAUGCGUGACCAAGGGCAGCGUCGGGAUCCCCUUCUUCAACCAGAUGCCGUGCAUGCUCUUCCACCGGCUCACCUCUUUCGACUACAGCAACGCCCAGAAUCUGAGCUUGCAAGUCGCCAAAGCUCGCGAUGGCGGUGGCAGGCUUGUGAUUUGCGCUGGAAGCACCGGGUGUGGAAAGACAAAGUCGCUCUACACGUUCUUCUCCAAACAAGAGCGAGGAUUGCUUUUCACAACCAGCACUGUCGGCAGCGGCGGAUCUUCCGACCUGGAGUUUCUCAUGAACGAGGUUCUCCCCAAACACCUGGAGCAGAAAAACUACUAUCAGAACUCGGUGGUGGUCAAGUUCUUCACGCUGCUGCUGCUGCUGGUGAGGAUGUCGAUCCUGUCGCUGUGCCGGGACUUUGAUCUAGAAAAGUGGCUCAUCUUCCAGGGGGGAUGCAAAGGGCUCUACCACCCCGACGCCAAUCUGGCCGACGACACGGACGUGUUUCGGAUCUUCCUCGCCGCGGUGUGCCGGAAAGCCGAUACUCUGGCCCCGGAGAACUUCGUCAAGGAGAUCCCGGCGCUGCAAAAGGUGCUGGACGACCUGUGUAUGCCUUUCGAAGACCGGCUCCCCACCAUCGCCAUCGACGAAGCCCACAAGCUGGUGAGCGCGUUCGAGGACGACUUCUUUGUCUCUCGCCGGCCUUUCUACCGCGACGUGGUGAACUUCUUGCUGGAGCCGACGCUGGCCCAGACCAAGCACGUAGUUGUAGUUUCAGGGACAGGAUACACGCUGAGAUACGAGGGCGGGAACUCGACAAGGGUACCGGUCUGUGGUGAUUUCGGGUGCUGGAAGAGCGGACGGGAGAUGAUCGAGUUCACGGAACAGGCGGUAGAGUUGACGGAGGAAGAUCGCAGCGUGAUAGAGCAGGAGAUUUAUCCGAGGUUUAAAGGGAGGUUUGGGCCCUUCGUCCAGGUGGUAGAAACAGCUCUCAACAGAGUGUGGAGCAUCAAGGAAGCGGCAUUCUUCGUGGAGAGACUACUGACAACCGAGGGAGGAGCGCCGCAGGGGUACUACAGGAAACUCGCGGAGCUCUCGCAGAGAACAGUGCUCAUCGGCUUCAUGAAGAGGGCCGUGAUCAGCUACUUUUGCCUCGGGAGGGGCAUCAAGAUCCAUGACACGCAGUCCGAGUCUCACAGGGUGGAGGAGAUUGCGGACGCUGGUUUUGGCCGGCUGGUUGCGAGCGAGAGCGGGGGUCACUACGUAGCGGUGGACGAGUUCCUGGUGUUGCGAGCGGCGGCAAACUUCUUCCGGGACGUGACGCAGGGGAAGACCAGCUUGAGCUUGAAGGACGAGCUCCUGUCUCGCAUCGGCCCCGACAUGGAGCCGUGCACGAGCCACCAGGGGUUCUUGUACCAGAACUUUGGCCCGUUUGCGUUCCAGCGGAUGUGGAAGCAGCACGGCGGGGUGAUGCAAAACAUGCCGCUGUUCUCCAAGAUCUUGGGCGCCGACGGAUGCCCCGAGCAGCUCAAGGCGGUGGCGGCGCUAAAGAGCGAGAUCCUCGAGGGGCAGUCGGCGGUGUGCGCGAGCUGCGAGGGAUACAGCCUCCGGGAAUUUCUUUUGGAGCGGUCCAAACCGGCCGAGGAGCGGAGGUGCACCACCUUUGUGUGCCCCGAGCUGCUCGGUCCCAACGCUGCGUUUCGGAUCGGAUUCGAGAGAGGAGGAGGAGAAGCGGAAGCUCCCAGCGUCCAGUUCGAUGGGUUUGAUCAGUACAGCUACUGGAUGCACCAGCUGAGCCAGGCCGAGCUCGAGGAAGCGAUCUCCAGGUCAGGGAUCCGGGAAGAACAGCGGGAGGAGUUUGAGCUGUGCGAGAAGGUCCAGCUUUGCUUUUUGUAUCUCUAUCCGUGCAGCUAUUCUGAGCACUACGUUUUCAAGGCCAGAGGUGACGCGGUGCAGGUGGUUUGUUUCAUCCACGCCGAGAAUGCCCACUUUAUCUUCAAUUCGGCCGAGCUGGAGUUACUGGAUUUGAUCGGCCGGGACGAUAGUGUGGAGGAAGUGGACAAUAAUUGUGGUGAUACUUCGAGUGAAGAGUAUCCAUUUUUCUGAUUAACAUAACCAAGUUUUAGAUUGAGAGAAAAA